UUGUUUUGAAAAACUUAAAAAAUGGCGAUAAAAAGCCUCCCAGAAAACCCUUAAUUUAUACCGAAAAAGCAUCACAAAUAGAUGUGUAAAUUAGAGAAAAACUACCUCAAGAGUAGAUUUAACUAUCGAUGACUUGUUUGUGAGAAAAUAUGCCUCCAAAGAAGAAAGGAAAAGGGAAAAAGUCCGGCAAAAAAUCAGGAGGGAAGAAGAAGAAAGGUAAAAAGAGUGGUGUCGUUAAAGAACCUAAACUGACUGCCGAAGAAGCCAUCCUUCAGUUCCAGAUUGAAAUAAAAGAGAGAUCAAUAGAAGACAUGUUAUAUGAACUAAGAGUAUUGAAAGAAAAGAAUGAUAGACUAAAAGAAAGAAAUAAGCGCUUGAAAGAAGAACAGCUAACCCACAUAAAGAACUUGCUCAAACUCUCCAAAGAUAAAGAGAAAGAAGUUGAAAGCGUUGUGCAAGUCAACAGAGAACAAGUUGAACAAGCACUCCUCAGCAAAUUUGACUUGAAGAAAUCUGAAGCGAAAGAAGUUGAAGAAAAAAUACAAGAAGUAAAGUCAAUUGAAGAAAAAAUAGAAGAUGUCAGAGUUGAAAUCAGGAAGCGACAAGAAUAUAAAGACCACGGUAAAAAUGAGCAUGCCAAACAAAUAUUGUUGAUGAGACAGGAUCUUAAAGAGAUGGAUGACAACCAUACAGACAUUGCAGGGCAUAUUGAAAGAAGCUUAAGGAUUUCCAAAGAAGAAAUAGCAAAUUAUACUGAAAGUACCUUGGCAAAGCAAAAGGAUAUUGCUUCUGAGAAAGCUACGAAAGCCUUGGAUAAGUACUCAAGGUCUGAAAUCCUUGACAACAGAUGGCUAAAGAAAGAGGUGGCAAUACACCAAGAAGGCCACGAGGAAUUGAUUGGUAUUGUGGAGGACCUGGAGAAACGAAACCUGGAUAUCAUGAGUGAGCUAUUUGACUGCAAGAUUGAAGACCUUAAAUAUACAAGAAAGUUUUACUUGGCUUGCAUUGAAGACCAAGAGAAUUCCGAAGACGAAGACGAGUAUGAUGAAGAAACGCUUGCUAUAGAUGGUGUAGUAGGCGAGCAAACAGAAAAACCUGAUGAUCUACUCGAUAAUUACUUCUUACCAGGGGAGGAKGACUUUGAGGACUCACCUCGUCUCGGCCCCAUGGAACUACAACUACUCUCUUUAAUAGGAACGCCCAAACCCAUUCACCGUUUCGACCUAUCAGAUGAAACCGGAAGUCAAGUUCGACCAGAAAACUACGGGGAUCCAAAAAGCUGGCCAAUAUCCAAUCAAAUGCUCUCUUCCAUGAUCUCUCAAUAAAAUACUAGGCGAUCUAACAUUUCAAAAUACCCCUUGAUAAAGGUCCUUUUAGGGAAAAGGUUGUAGGAAAACGGCUCCUUGCCAGGGAAGKGGGAGGGGUAAAAAAUGUUGUUUUGCCCAUUUUAAAUUUGUAAUGCUAAAUUAUUAUUUAUUGAAGCCUGCACCUUCAUUUUGAAUAGUUUAAUCCUGUAUCAGCUCUUUAUUAUCAAUAAAAAAUAUUUUGUUUGUAA